AUGGCUGCGGUAGUGGUCAACGAUAUAUUGGAUGCGCUCCGCACUGAGAAUCAACGAUUGGUGGCCGACCUCAAGGUCUUGAGCGAAGACAACGAACGCUUCCUCCAAGACCUAUGUCUUGAGCGCCAACUAAACCACGUUUUGGACAAUUACAAGAAUUAUUCACUCAUUUUGAUCCAACGAUGCAAAUGCGAUAUCAAUGCCGACAUUAUCUCCAAAUUGAAUCAAUUCAACGACGAAUACAAGUGUCUUAAACACAACCGCAGAAGCGAUGAUCCAAACGCUGGCUUAUUAUCUGGAACUCGUGGUUCGUUUGCGGAUCCGUCCGAAGAGUUAAUAACGUCGAAGAAUAUGGUCGACGAUCUGACGGACAAUCACGUGGUGUGCGAUGAAUGUCAACAAACGUUUGAAACGACUGUCACUUUAGAGAUCCAUCGGAAUAGUGUCCACAAGAAUGUCGAGUCGUAUACGUGUCACAAAUGCGAGCUCGUCUUCAAUUGUCGGGAUCUGUUUAGCGACCAUUUGUCUCAACACGAUUCGGCCGCAAACGCCGAUCACAUGGAUAUCAAACCUGACAUCCAUUCGCUCAAUGCGAGCCCAAAGUCGAGUCCAAUGAAGAGUUCAAUGAGGAGUCCAAUGAAGAGGAAUUGGACUAAAGUGGCAAAAAUGGCCAAAAAUAAUGGCAUUAAUCAUAAUUACAAACUAAUGACUGAAUUAUUGCACAAGACUUACCAGAAUGUGGGCAAAAAAGGUGCAAAAGUGGUGACAAAUACAUCGGGUGCAAAAGUGGUGACAAAUACAUCGGGUAAGAAGUAUCCGUGCACUAAAUGCCGCAAAGGUUUCGAUACAGAGCACUGUCUUGAGCUACACGUGAAUCGAAUCCAUCUGAAGAAGAAGCCGUUUAGUUGUACCAAAUGUGUGGACCGGUUCUACGCCAACAGACUUCUGUUGGCCCACAUGUCAGCCGCGCAUAACGUCAAAGCGUUUGAAUGCGAUUCGUGUGACUACAAGGGCUUCAAAUAUCUAACUCUAAUGCAGCACCAGAAGCGACACCAAUCUCCGUCCUCUGUCCCAAAAGUGGCCACUAAUUGUGCACAGCGUUCGCCCGCUAAGUCCAAGGCGUCAAACGUUGAGUUAUAUAAAUGCGAUUCGUGUGACUUCGAGACGAGCGCCAAAUACUCGUACGUUUUGCACAUAAAUAGUCAUAAACUGAACAAACAGUUCCGGUGUGUUGUCAGCGGUUGUAACGAAAAGUUUAUGACCGAAAAGAGUCAACUCCGGCACCAGAAAGACAAGCACUCGUUGACUGACAAGCGAUUCGCGUGCAAACACUGCAGCGAACGCUUCUUUUCCAACGAUAGCCUUCUCAACCAUUUGGGAACCAAACAUAAGGUGUCGGCCUUUGCUUGCGAUAUGUGUUCGUUUAAGACCACUACCAAAGUGGCGCUCUUUCGGCACAAAGUGGCCGACCAUUCGGUGGACGCGGCAUAUGUUUGCCGAUUCGCUGAAUGUAAUACUUUGUUUGAAAAUCAGUACAACUUAGACCGACACUACAAACGCGUGCAUAAAACAGGACAGACAUCGGGUACCAGUAGUCUCGCAAAGGCUCAAAAGCUGACUAAACAGUCGCCGAAGAAGACUGGUCUCAAACCCGGUCCCAAACCCGGCUCCAAGUCUAGCCCCAAGUCUGCCUCCAAGUCUCCCGCAUUGGAUGGCAAUCCAUUGAAAUGCGAUGUCAGCGGCUGUCGCAAGAAGUUCGCCACCGAAGGCAAACUGAUUGUCCACAAACGGGUGGUCCAUAAGAUGACGCAAAUGAUUGCAUGCGAUUGGAGUGGAUGUAAACGCAAAUUCAUUUCAUUAACCAAACUUACAAUCCAUAAGAAAGGUCAUAAGGCGAUGGAGAAUAAGUUUCCCUGUGUUUGGAAGGGCUGUACUUUCCGUACGGACACAUUCGCUAAACUCAAUCAACACAGACGUCAACUCAAACACAAUUCAGAUGGUUUAUAA